AUGGAUCGAUUCCGAAUGAUCUUCCAAUACUUCCAGUCUAAUUCAGAGUCGGUGACAAAUGGGAUCUGUGGGCUGCUAGCUUUGGCAAGUGUCAAAAUGUACACCUCCUUUGACUUCAACUGCCCCUGCCUUGCUAAAUACAACAUGGCGUACGGCUUGGGAGUAAUGUUUAUACCACCAGUGGCACUUUUUCUCUGUGGUCUCAUGGUGAACAGACAGUUCGUGGUGAUGCUUGAGGAGUGGAAAAGACCAGCUGGGGACAGGAAGAAGAAUGUAGCCAUUAUCAGGUACAUGUGUUCCUCCAUCCUGCAAAGGGCCAUGAUUGCACCCGUCGUUUGGAUCUUAGUCACUCUCCUUGAUGGGAAGUGCUUUGUCUGUGCCUUCAGCAGUUCCAUUGACCCUGAUAAAUUUCCAGAUUUUGCCACCAACAUCACAUCUUAUGAUGAGGUGAAGCACUUGCUCUCCAAGGUCCCAUGCAAGGAUGACGUGCUCAUGAGGAAUAACACUUCCCGCAAGGCGGUGUCCAGGUACCUCAGAUGCUGGUCACAGGCUUUUGGAUGGAGUGUACUGCUGAUCCUUAUAGUGAUUGCCUUCCUUGCCCGCUCUCUCAGGCCCUGCUUCAAUCAGGCUGCCUUUGUGCAGACUCGCUACUGGAGCAAUUACAUUGAUAUGGAACAAAAGAUAUUUGAUGAAACUUGCUGUGAACAUGCCCGGGACUUUGCACACAAGUGCAUCCUCCAUUUCUUUGAGAGCAUGCAAACAGAAAUCAAAUUAAGGCGGUUUAAUGUCCACAGAGAAGAAGAGAAGGGGGAAAAAGAAGAGAAAGAUCAUUUGCGGGGAAUCACCAACCAGGAACAGAUGAACCAACUUCUUCAGUCAUGGUACUCCAGCAAACCUCCACUGGAUCUCAGCCGAGCAACACAGCGGAAACUUGUGGGCUCAGAGAGAACAUCAGUGCCUUGGGCAAGCAGCAUGAUUAAUAGGUGGCACCCUCAGUUGGUGGAUACAAGGACUAGACAAACCGAUGUUUAA